AUGGCUGAACAAUUAAUUCAACGUGGUACCCUCGAAGGCCACAGCGGCUGGGUCACCAGUCUGGCAACCAGCUUGGAGAACCCGAACAUGCUGCUCUCUGGCUCAAGAGACAAGACCCUCAUCAUCUGGAACUUGACCCGCGACGAAGCGGCCUACGGUUAUCCGAAGCGGUCUCUUCACGGUCACUCCCAUAUCGUCUCCGACUGCGUCAUUUCCUCCGACGGUGCCUAUGCGCUCUCGUCAUCCUGGGACAAGACUCUUCGAUUGUGGGAGCUGUCUACUGGAAACACCACACGAACCUUUGUUGGCCACACCAACGAUGUCCUUUCCGUCUCUUUUUCUGCCGAUAAUAGACAAAUUGUCUCAGGUUCUCGGGACCGAACCAUUAAGCUGUGGAAUACCUUGGGAGACUGCAAAUACACCAUCACCGACAAGGGCCACACCGACUGGGUAUCCUGUGUUCGCUUCUCUCCUAAUCCUCAAAAUCCAGUCAUUGUCAGCGCCGGCUGGGACAAGUUGGUCAAGGUCUGGGAACUGGCUUCUUGCCGCAUUCAAACCGACCACAUCGGCCACACUGGCUACAUCAACACGGUCACCAUUUCUCCCGACGGAUCCUUGUGCGCGUCUGGCGGCAAAGAUGGUACCACCAUGCUUUGGGACCUGAACGAAUCGAAGCACCUCUAUUCUCUACAAGCUGGUGACGAAAUCCAUGCACUUGUUUUCUCUCCUAACCGAUACUGGCUUUGCGCUGCCACCACAUCCUCGAUCACCAUUUUCGAUCUGGAGAAAAAGAGCAAAGUCGAUGAACUCAAGCCUGAAUAUGUCGAGAAGGGCAAGAAGUCACAAGAACCGUACUGUGUGAGCUUAGCAUGGAGUGCUGAUGGUCAAACCUUGUUCUCUGGAUACACAGACAACAAGAUCCGCGCUUGGGGAGUUAUGUCUCGUGCGUAG